CUUUAGAGAAAGUGGUUACUUAAAAAUAUUUAUAACGUAAACAAUACUUCGGUAAGUGGUUUUAAUUUACUAAUGUUGUCGAUUGUGCACAGUUUGUUGGUUAGUUGUGUGUGAGUGCUUGAAUAUUUUAAUUAUUUAAGAUGAAUAUUCAAAGAGGCAAGAAAUUAGUUGAAAUGGCGUUAUCCACUCAUCUGGAAAGCAAUGAAGAAAAUGUAAAUCAACAGUCGAUUUUGAACACAGAGAACCUAGUAGUAGACGAUCAUAGGAUCUUGACUACUACUGACUUGACCUGAUGAUGUUCACGGUAUAGACCGUGAACAUCAUCAGGUCAAGUCAGUAGUUUAACAUACUAUUCUGUACUUGACUUCUCUAGUGAUGAUUCUGUACGAGAUCCAUGUUAUGAAUUACCGAGACUUCCAAUCACAUCAAGUUCAAGUACUUGUGAUGAAAUUUCAAUGAAUCCUAAUGUGUCUCCAAAAAAGAGUAUACGUACUAUAAAAAGAGAAAAAAAAAAGUAACUUAGGACAGGCAUACAAAACUUUAAAAAGAAAAUGUAUAUCAGA